AUGCGCCUCUCCCUCUCCCUCCUAGCCCUUCUGGGCACCGUAGCCGCCGACAGCCUGUUCGCGUUCAACUCGAGCACGCAGGUCGAAACGCGCUCCCUCGACGAGCUGCACCAGGCCGCCCUGGCGGAAGGCGGCACCGUCGUCCUCUGGCACGGCGGCGACCUCGCGAACGGCGGCGACGACCUCAAGAAGAGCUUCGAGGCGCGCUUCCCGGGCGUGACGCUCAACGUGACUAUCGACCUGAGCAAGUAUCACGACGGCCGCGUCGACCAGGGGCUCGCGAGCAACGGCUUCCUGCCCGACAGCGUCAUCCUGCAGACGCUGCAAGACUACCCCCGCUGGGACGUCGACGGCGCGCUGCUCCGCUACAAGCCGGCCGGGUUCGACGCCAUCAACCCCGCGUACAAGGACCCCUUUGGCGCCUGGUACGGCGUGUACGUCUACUCGUGGAGCUUCAUCUGGAGCAGCGCCAAGCUGCCCAACGUCACCAUCGCCGAGUUUGCCGACUUCCUGAAGCCCGAGCUCAAGGACAAGCUCGUGCUGACCUACCCGCACGACGACGACGCAGUGCUGUACGCAUUCGACCUCGCGCUGCGGGCGUACGGCGCCGGCUUCCUCGACCAGCUCAUUGCGCAGAACCCGCGCUGGGUGCGCGGCACCGGCACGCCGUCGCUCAUCAUCCAGAACAGCACGUUUGCCGAGGCGGCAACGUUCACCUCCGACCUGGGCUACGCGCCCGUCGACGGCAUCGGCUCGACCAAGCCCGCCACGGGCCCGUUUGUGUCCUGGGCCCAGACGGCGGCCAUCCUCAAGGACGCCCCGCACCCAGAGGGCGCAAAGCUCCUGCACAACUACAUCCUCUCGCCAGAGUACCAGAACACCACGGGAUGGCAGGUCCGCGAGGACCUCCCCCUGCCCCAGGGCUUCCCCUACGCGCCCCUCGACAAGGUCAACAACACCAACCCUGUCGACUUUGCGCGCUGGAUGGAGGACCGCGGCAGGGUCGAGCGCCUGCGCUUCUGGUUUGAGGCCAAGCUUGGUACCGCGCAGGGCGUGAGCCCGCUCAUCGACCCGUUGAGCUAG